GUUUCGUCGUGGUGGGUGCGUGAAGAUGUCUCAAUUAGAUCUAGUUACUCCAAAGUGAUGUGCGAAUUGGUAUGAGUAUUAGACAAAAGAGUCGUUAACAAAAGUUGAGACUGGAGAAUUGUUUGCAUGUCCUGCUCGCUCGUAAAUAACGUGCCUGAAACUAAGCAAGUUUCGGAGUGAGGCCAACUGACCCUGGAACUAAGCAAGAUAAAAUAUAUACAAGAACUAAAGACGGUGACAAGAGUGCAGUCGUGUUAUCACCACCAUUUACUUAACUGAACUGAUUAGUGUUUAGUAGACCCAACUCCUCGUAGACAUGAAUCUGCAUGAGAACAAAGUGGUGGACAUGGGUGGAUCUACAAGCAAUGGAGGUUGUGAGGACGUCCCAGAUGAUAAUGAGGACGAUGAGAGUCCAGUCUCUCAUUUCUACAACUCUUACGCCUACCUCUCCUCUCUCCAACGCCACUGGUCUGAGCAAAAUCGCCACCACCGAAACGUCCCUGGGGACUUGGUCACAACCCCACUCACUUCACGCCCCUUCGACACCAUCCGGAGGCGAAAUAAUAUUCUGCACCUUCAACAAGAGGCAGCAGACUUAUCACCAAGGAAGAAACCUGCCUGCAAUUGUAGCUGUCAUAACGAGGAUCACUUGAAUCAGGACAAAACUGGCAGUGACCGAAGAAGUGAAGUUGAUCUUUUGAGAGCAGAAUUGGCACGCGUGUGUUGCGAACGAGACAGUCUUGCAAUUCAAGUGGAGCAAUUGCGAAUGGAAAUUCUUGCCGGUGAGCUGGGCAGGCUGGACAGUAGUGCAAUUAUCAUGGGUCAGAGUCAGAGUCAAGCACAAACUGUUUCUGCCAAACUCCGAGGAGUGGGUGGACUUUGCAUCGACGGAGUGAAUGGAAGGGGAAGGUCAAACUCUGGGCCUGAGGAGGAUGAUCAGGAUGAUGACCAAGUGCAGCUUCAGCAGCAGAAAGGGUGUCCUUCCAUCGAGCAGGGCGAGACUGCAGUGCAAACAGUUACGGAGAGUCGUGGGAGUGGUGUCCAAGCAGUGUGUCACAGUGAUUUGGGGGACAGGACGGUCGACACACAGAAAUUAUUGGAGCUAACGAGUGAGAUUGAUGACAUGGUUGCCGACAAGGAGAAAGCUGAGAAGGAAACGGAAAGAUCAGACGACGACGAGAGGGGGGUGGAUGAAGAUGAUGAUGACGAGGAUGAAGUGGAGAUGAUAAGUGCUCAUCUCAUCCCGCAAAAAGUAGAUGAUAACGUUCAAAUGGCUCCGAUAAGCACCUACUCCAGCUCGGAGAUGACCCGAUUGUCUGAGAACAACCGAUUGUCGUCCUCGUCUUCCUCCAGCUCAGCCUCGUCGUCCCCCGUCCUCUUCACCCAACAGGCCACCACCCAGCAGUCGUCCUCACAACCAAACUUCCAUGAUUCCGCAGAGGACCCAGGAGAUUCUGCAUUCGUCACGGAGCGUCGUUACGGUGGCGUCCCUGCGAGAGAUGCGGCUCUCGUCAUUCAACGCGCUUAUCGAAGGUACAGCAUGGUGAAAGAGUUCCAGCGCAUCAAAACCGAGCGAAGACUGUCUCGCAGAAUCAACAACAAUGUCGUCGGAACCUCCAGCUCCCCUCCAGUCAACUCAUGUGACAUUUGUAUCGAGGUGCACCCAGAAGGCGGACACAACCACCACCACAACAAUCACCACCAUGACCUCAACCUAGACGGGUUGGAGGAAGGUCUUGAAGGGCCUCAUGAGCUUCCACACGUGACCGAAGUGGAAGUCCAGAUGAUGGUCAGCAGCCACCACAGCACGCACCAGUCGCACAGCAACCUCCCCCCGCAGUACCACUACCUCCACCAACACAAUGGCGGCUACAGACAGACGAGCAGGCAGCAACCCCCUCAGUACAACCACCCACCAAACGCAUACAAUAAUCAGCAGCAGUUGCAACAGCAAAAUAACCGUCAGUUCCAGAGCCAAAGCCAGCACCACCAUCACCACCCCCACUACCUGCCUCACCAACAUUCGGAGAGCAGCGUGGUGGUGACGAGCACUUCUAGUCGUUUGCAGCGCCAAAAGCCUCACCACAUUCCACAAUCUCACAGCGGCAGCCAACUCCUUCCCCACCAGCACUCGCUCCAAUACAGCCCCAACUCUGCCCCCGGCCUGCUCAUGGUCAAAACCACCACGAUCGCCGCCGUCUCCUCCCAUUCCAAUAGUUCCCCCAAUGUCAAUGGGACGACGACCUCGUCAUCCUCAGAGUCCACCAACACAACCCCGCUCACAAAUGUGUCGCCAAAUCUCUCCACGGGCUCUUCAACCGGAAAGACGGCACUGAGUACCGAAGAGAGUGAGAUUUUGAGGAAAAGACUGUACCGCGUGGGACUGAACUUGUUUAACAAGAAGCCCGAAGUGGGUGUGACGUACCUCGUCAAGAAGAAGUUUUUGGAGGGUUCGCCUCCCAGCGUGGCUCGCUUCCUCGUGUCGAGAAAGGGUCUGAGCAAGCAGAUGAUUGGCGAAUACCUCACAAACCUUCAGUCACCCUUCUCCAUGUCUUGCUUAGAGCACUUUGUAAAUGAAAUUGAUCUGUCUUCGCUCCCAGUGGACCUGGCACUUCGAAAAUUCCAGUGUUACUACAGGAUGCCAGGUGAAGCUCAAAAAAUUGAAAGGCUGAUGGAGUCAUUUAGUCGGAGAUACGCUGCUUGCAACCCGCACGUUGUAUCUCAAUUUCGCAACUGUGCAGACACCGUGUUUGUCCUCGCCUUUGCGAUAAUAAUGCUAAACACUGACCUCCACACGCCACACCUUAAAGCCGACCGUAGAAUGAAAGUGGACGAUUUUAUCAAAAACUUGAGAAGCGUUGAUGACGGUGGGGAUAUCGACCGAGAAAUCCUUGUCGGCAUCUAUGACCGCAUCAAGGCCACAGAAUUUAAGACUGGCAGUGACCACGUCACACAAGUCAUGAAGGUGCAGCAGACCAUUGUUGGAAAGAAACCGAACUUGGCCGUGCCCCAUCGUCGCCUCGUAUGCUACUGUCGCCUCUACGAAGUUCCCGACACCAACAAGAAGGAGAAAGCAGGGACCCAUCAACGUGAAGUAUUUCUCUUCAACGAUCUUCUGGUCCUCACGAAAAUCUUCCACAAAAAGCGCAACUCUGUGACGUACUCGUUCCGACAAAGUUACCCCCUUCAAGGACUGACCCUGUCCCUCUUCUCGAACCAAUACUUUGAGUAUGGUCUCGCCCUUAAGCGAGGAGAACAGACGUUGUUGAAUCUCAAUGCCCGAAACGAGCACGAUCGUGCCAAAUUUACCGAAGAUUUGAGAGAAGCCAUCGCAGAGUCGGAUGAGAUGACCAGAAUUGAAACCAUUUCCAAAGAGAACAGGGAUCGAGAUUCUGGUGUCGAUGUCGGAAAAAUUAAGCGUUUUAGCAAUUCCUUACUAGAUAUCAAUGACCAAUCUUUGCGUUGUUUAGGUAAACCAGUUCGUCGCGGAAGUUGCGGUUCUCUAGACUCUGGAAUGUCGGUGUCGUUCCAGUCGGAUGAAAAUCACCACCCACACCACGCCCCCCACAUAAUAAGUCAGCCUCCCGUGCUACAAGGCAGUAGCAGCACGGUCAGCAGUACGACAUCCUCCUCCUCACCAUCAGCCAGUCAACAUUGCCAUCAUCCUCCAAAACAAUAACAUUUUAGAAUUACUAUAAACUUACUAUUAUUAUUAUAAUUAUUAUUAGGUCGCUUAUUUUUAGGCAAUCAAUCGCAAAAUAAGUGGAUAGAGGAAGACAUGCAGUAAUCCUAAAUAACUUGUCGUUUCUCAUUUUCCUUGAAAACUGCGAUCCUUCUCAAUUUUACGAUUUACUUGUUCUUGUUCUUCUAGAAAUUUUGAUAUUCCACGAGGAGCGUUUGUACGAUAGGUUAUUACCACCGUUAGUUAGACGUCAGUUUUUGACAUCCACAGAAUAAAAGUUGUUCUUCGCCAAAUAUAUUUUGCAACAAAAACCUUUCUAACAAUCUUCGUGGUCACUUAUUUUACCACUUGGUGACGGUUCUUUCCAAAUAGUCGAAUUUGUUAUACUUCAUGAAUUAGCUAAUUACCAGCAGCGGCUUAUAACGCAGCAAAACUGUUUCAACUAAAUUCUCUCGGAGCAGAGCAGUAUUUCGUUCAGUAAGCUUCUCAUCUGGGGUAAAAGGCCCUCAAUUUCGGUGAUCACACAGGAAUUUCAAUAGGAAUAAUGCAGUCACAUAAGAAUGCUCAGCAGUAUAUUUGAUGAGAUGACGAGGAGUCAAGUAAUUUUAUGCAAUGUUAUUCUUUAGAUUUACACAUCAACUUCAUCAUCUCGGCAGUAAAACAAACUUUUUGAACCAUUGUUGAUUGAUCAUUUUCUAAGAAUUAUCAUAUAUACACACACACAAACACAGCUGUUAAUAACACAUAGGUACUCGAUAACAAUAAUUAUGCGGCGGCCAAAAAUAAUUUUCCUUUGUUGACGAAUUUAGUCAUUUCUAAUUUAAAAGCAAAAUGAUUAAACGCAAUCUAGUCCGGUAUUUCCAUUUUGUGUAAGCUUAUCAUUGUUGCAUACACGAUACACAUUACUUGUACUAAAAAUACUAACGAUAUAAUGAUGACACAAAAUGAAGAUGAGAUGGAAUAAAGGAAAUGUAAUAAAGAAAAUUAAAAGAAAUUGA